AUGAUCGCCGAUCGUUCAUCGCUACCACAUGAUACAAUUUUGCGCAAAAAAUCCUGUCAGCUGACUGAAACGUCAUGCCUUUUACCCCAGGAAUCUGCUCCGCUGCGCCGGCUUUUUCGCCUGCAGGCCGAAUCUGGCACCAUUUCGAAUCAAGCAGCUUUUAACUUAUCAAUCACGUUACCACUCGCACUUCGGACUUUUCUAUUACUAGGUGUCAUGACUGGUCUUGAGCAGUACUAA